AACGAAUCCUCCAUGUACGAACAGCUCCGGGACGUUGCCAUUGAUAACAUCUGCAGGUGUUUGAAAGCCGGCCUGACCAUCGAUCCUGUCAUCGUCGAAGCCUUCUUAGCCAGUUUAUCUAACCGUCUCUACAUUUCCCAGGAAAGCGAUAAGGAAGCCCACCUGAUUCCAGACCACACAAUCCGUGCGCUGGGCCACAUAGCAGUGGCUCUGAGAGACACCCCCAAAGUGAUGGAACCCAUUCUCCAGAUUUUGCAGCAGAAGUUCUGCCAGCCGCCGUCUCCUCUCGACGUGCUCAUCAUCGACCAGCUGGGCUGCUUAGUUAUCACCGGAAAU